GCGUUCAUGCUGCUGAUAUCGUUCGGCGCAUGGCUGGCCCCUCGUGUACUCGAUCCAACCGACAAGGGCCCCGAGAAGCGUUUAAGAGACCGUCGCUGGGUCGACAGCAGUCCCUACUUUUGGGAUCGACAAGCCUGCCGCUGGAUUGGUGUCUGUGGCCUGCACCAUCUCCGAAGCGAUCCUGCCGCGCGCAAAAACCACGACGAGGACGAGCCCGAAUGGGGUGAGCUGAAGCGUCGGUCUCUGUCUUGGGAGCCCGAGAACAUUCCUCGUCAAGACCGCAAGAGGAACCUCCAUCACCGCCGAAGGAUCCUUCGCGACAUUCCCGACUAUGUUAUGAAGCAUGCACCUUUGGUUCACCUUUACUCUGGCGAAGAGUUCUGGCCCUCGGACAUCCGUGAGCAUGUCGAGCACAUGACUGUCCAAGUCGACGACACACCUCUCAACUCGACCGAGAAGUGGACUCUCCAUAACCUGCACAAGCUGAACAAGGUCACUGGCAACGUUAUUCUUCAGAGCAACGACGACGUCGAAGACCGCCCGAACUGGCUGCACAGCCAUCACAACAUCCCCAAGCCAUUCCCUGAUGAGGAAGAGGGCAACCACGACAACAACCCCACGCCUCCGGGCAACCCCGAGCAAAACCCUGAGCUCCGAGAGCCUACGACUUGGUACGAUAUCGACAAGUCUCACCCUCUUCACCGGAUUAAUGACCCCCGGAACCGCAAGUUUCAGAAGGACCGCCGUUCUGAGCAAGAGCCUAUCCGAACCAAUGGACACAAGCCUGACAAGAAUGGCUUCUCGAAUGCGCCAGCUGUGCUCAUCGUUGUUGACAAGGGUUCUGGUAUCGUUGAUGCCUUUUGGUUCUUCUUCUACUCUUAUAACCUGGGACAAACGGUCCUAAACAUUCGCUUUGGCAACCAUGUGGGCGAUUGGGAGCACUGCAUGGUACGGUUCGAGCACGGCAAACCUCGGGGAGUGUUCUUCUCGGAGCACGAGGGUGGACAGGCGUACGCCUUCGAGGCUGUCGAGAAGCGCGGGGACCGUCCCGUCAUCUACUCGGCAGUUGGCUCGCAUGCCAUGUACGCACUCCCCGGAGUUCACGCCUACAUCUUGCCUUUCAAGCUCCUGAAGGACGUGACGGACAAGGGACCUCUUUGGGACCCCGCUCUCAACAACUACGCAUAUCAUUACGACUAUACGAGGGAGGUUGACGAUGAUGACGACGACCCGCGAGAGCCUCAGAGCCUCAUUCCCGCCGCUUCGAACCCGCACGCACCCACCUCUUGGUUCCAUUUCGGCGGCCGCUGGGGUGAUGAGGUUUACUCACUGGCCGACCCCCGUCAGUGGCGCUUCUUUGGCCAAUAUCACUACGUCACAGGACCAGAUGGCCCUAGAUUCAAGGGAUUGGAUCGCGCAAAGAUGUGCCAGACGCGCAAGUGCAAGAUUCUCUACAAACUGGAUCCCAAGGGGACUUGGUAUUAGACACGAGGUGCAUGACACCAAUUUGCUUUCUACUGGCGUUUACACAAAGUGCUGUUUCACGAAUCUCACACACACGCGGAUCGAACUUGGAAAGACAAAAGCGAUCCACCCCGGGAUGGCCGGAGUAACGGCGCAACCGGGGUAGAGAGACGGACGAUCGCAUUUGGAUGAGUGUGGGAACUAUAGGUACGGGCCGGAAAAUCGGCUGGUUGGCAUCUAGAAAGGGCAUGGCCUUGCCGUGUUUCUUUUUUCGUUUCUUGUUUUUCCUUGGUUGGGGUGUCUUGGCUUGUUGUUUACGAUGCCUGGGGUUACUGGGGAUACAACAGGGCGCGCUGCUUGGGAUAGAGGCCAUGGAUGGCUUUGCUUUUCUGUUUGGAUGAUGGAUUGCGUUCAUGAUGGGGCUUCUGAUACCCGGAUACCAACUGUUUUGUUAGCCCACGAAUAGAUCAAGACUUGACUUGU